AUCGCUCCGUUCCCCUCACGGCGCUCACGUGACCGCGGCAACCCCGCGACGCUCCCGCCCACCAAUCCCAGCGCGCGGUCGCUCCCUGAUUUGCAUAACCACGCCCUCUGGCACCGCCCACCGCCAGCUGCGCUCAUGGCCGGGCGCUCUUUGCUCCCAGUUCCCUCCCAGCGCUCCCAGUAAGAGCGGCACUGGCAGGGAAAGCGCUCCCAGUUCCUGCCCGGGGCUCUCAGCAUCGCUGCCGCUGCUCUCGCUGUCAUUCCCAGCGCUCCCAGUAUCACUCGCAGCGCCGCGCGGGUCGCAGCCGCUCCGACACCGCCCGGGGCAGAGCGCGGCUGCUUUUGGGUGUCGGCACCUGCCCGGGCGGGGCUGGGAGCGGAGGAGGAGCGGGAGGAAGAGGAGGAGCGGGAAGAGGAGGAAGAGCAGCAGCGGGAGGAGUAGGAGGGACACGGGAGGAGCGGCAGCAAGAGGAGGAGCGAUUUUGGAACCACGCGCUUCUGCCGCCCGUCCGCACAGAGCGCAGCUUCCCCCGGGUGCGGCAGCAUCGCCCCCCAAAAACCCGCAGGAUUUCGUAAAGCUCGGCAGCGAGGAGGAGGAGAAGGAGGCCAUGAGGAUGAGGUCAACGGCCCACGAGCCGCAGGCAGACAAGGAGCUGAGCACGGACAGCAGGGAGGACAAAUCCCCGUGGCACAGCCUCGGGCGAGAGGCCGUUUGCAGCGGCUCCACGGCACAGGAAUGCAACGGGGAGGAAAAGCCCCGCAGAUCCCGCAGCAGGAGGGGCUGCAAACGCCCAGGCCGGGGAUCCCAGCAGGAAAGAGCCAGCCCGGGCCGGGGAGGCGGCCAGAGCUCGGAGCUGGGGCUGCGUGAGCAGCUUCACCAUGGGGAGAAGCCCCACAAGUGCUCGCAAUGUGGGAACAGCUACAGGUUGAGAUCGGAACUGAACAAACACCGGAGAAUCCACAGGGGGGAACAGCCCUACGAGUGUGGGGAGUGUGGGAAGAGAUUCACCCAGAGCUCAAAUCUGAAGGCCUACCAGAGGAGCCACACUGGGGAGAGACCCUAUGAGUGUGAGGAGUGUGGGAAGAGAUUCACCCAGAAUUCACACCUGACUGUGCACCAGAGGAGCCACACUGGGGAGAGACCCUACGAGUGUGGGGAGUGUGGGAAGAGAUUCACCGAGAGUUCAAAGCUAACUUUGCACCAGAGGAACCACACUGGGGAAAGAUCCUACGAGUGUGAUAAAUGCAGGAAGAAGUUUCAGAGCAGAUCCCAUCUCCUCAAGCACUUUCGCAGUCACUUAGAUGAGAGGCCUUAUGAGUGUCACGACUGUGGGACGCACUUCAAGCAAAACUCACACCUUGUCAGGCACCAGCUCAUCCACUCUGGCAAGCGACCCUAUGACUGUCUUGAGCGUGGGAAGAGCUUCUCAAGGGGCAGUAACUUGACCAAACACCAACGGAGUCACCAUGGGGAGAAGCCCCACAAGUGCUCGCAGUGUGGGAAGGGAUUCCGGUGGAAAGCAGAGCUGAUCAGACACCAGAGAAUCCACACAGGGGAGCAGCCCUAAGAGUGUGGGGAAUUUGGGAAGAGAUUCAGCCAGUCCUCAGGCCGGGCUGUGCACCAGAGGAUCCACACUGGAGAGAGGCCCUACGAGUGUGAUCAAUGCAGGAAGAGGUUUCAGACCAGCUCUGCUCUCAUCACCCACCGGCGCAUCUACACUGGGGAGAGGCCCUACGAGUGUGAUAACGAUUGUGGGAAGGGCUUCAAGUGCAACUCUACCCUCAACAACCACCGGCUCAUCCACACUGGGGAGAUACCCUACGAGUGUGAUAAAUGCAGGAAGUGGUUUCUGAACAGCUCUCGUCUCGUCAGGCACUAUCACAUUCAUACGGAUGAGAGGCCGUUCAGCUGCUCCGACUGCUAG